CAAGCACAAGGAGAAAACGGGUCUCGAAAAUAUUUUAUAUAUUCAAUAUUUGAUUUAUUUUAGUAAGAAAUAUUAAUGAAAAUUAAUAAGUGAAUUAUUUUUACUACGUAUUACUAAAUGUAUAAUGAAAGUCACAUAAUAGUAGUUAAUAUAAUAUUAUACAACGCGUCUCGUUCUCGAUGAUAGAUAACAUGUAGUACUGUCAAGUAUGCUUAAACUUCACAACUUUUAGAGAUUUGAAUUCAAAUUUAUUACCGCCCGCCUGGGUCAGUUGCUCUCGCGCGCCUCUAUCGGUCGUCAUAUUGUUUUGUUGUGCCAACAGCUUUAGACGCUUAGAGAGAUUUAUCAAACUAAUAAUAUCAUUUAAAUAAUAUUAAUUGGAAUUUAAAUUUUAUUGCUUGCUCUUCUUCACAAUGGGUAAGAAGAGGUCUCGUUCACGAUCUAGGGAGAGAGAUCGGGACGAUCGUAAAACUAGUAAAAGAUUAAAAGCAAUGCAGGACCAGAUUGAUAACCUCACAAACUGUGUAAAAGAAUUCAUUCAGAGCCAAAGCCAUGAAAUUCAGCCUGCAGAUGUAGAUGAUGCUAAUAAGGAAAAUUCACCAGAAGAAUUUAAUAAAAAUUCUGAAGGGUCUAAAACUCCUGAAAAACAAACAGAUGAUUUCGAGGUCGAGGGCCUUGUGACCACAAAAAAUAAUGCCCAGGAAGCAGAUGAUGAGUCCUCAGACUGGAACAAAGAGUUCCUCGAGCUGAUGGGAGAGGAACUCUCACCUACAGGUCCGACGACAAAAGUCGAUGAUACCAUCGAGAAACAGUGGACAAAUUGGAUGGCUAAAGGCCUAACAGAUGAAGCUCGAAAGGAACUACUCAAAAAAUAUUCUCGAGUAGAUAAUUUUCGAACAGAAGCACCAAAGGUUAAUUUGGAGGUAAUCACCCAUUUGUCAGAAGUUGCAAAAAAGAGAGAUCAACAUUUUGCUGACACCCAGAACUGCGUAGGUACAGCUCUUGUAUCUCUUGGUUCAGCAAUAUCAAUGCUGAUGGAAAACCCUGAGGAUGGUGUAGAUCAGGUGCAACUUAUGAAAUGCAUCUGGGAUGCAGGAAAAAUUAUGGCAGAUGUUUUUCAUCAACAUUCAACUGCACGAAAAUCAUUUAUUACUCCUAAUCUCGAUAAAGAUAUCAAGUCGACGUUAGAAGCGACAGUUUCUGAUGAAUGGCUUUAUGGUCAAAAGCUAACUGAUCAGGUGAAAGACGCUAAAAAUAUUAAAAAAGCGUCUACAUCACUUAAAGCCCCGGAAAAACCAACAGCUAAGAAGACAACUAGUCAGGUAAAUUGGAGAGGCCCACCUGGGAAAGCCAGACAGGUGGGCUAUUACCCAAAACGGCAGUUCACGAACGUGAAAUACAAAUCGAGACCAUUUCAGACAAGACCAUCUCAGAGUUCAAGUCGCUCGACGACGCAAACGUCAAGUCGAUCGACGUCGAAGAAGUAG